UAUAUUCAAUUCUACAUUUGUAUAAAACCAGCCCAGCGUGACCAUAGUCAGUUCAGUUCCAUUCACUGAUACAAGGAAUAUGUAUUGGUUAAAUGGGGCUCUGUGAACAUGUGCCUCACUCUUAGGAGCCAUCUUAGCUUUUGAUAUCAAUUUAUUGCCUAUAUUGGGAUAUUUCAAAUUGUUUCUGACUGCAAGGAAUCAUUAUAUGUUAUAUCAAGAACUAACUGACUGUUAUAUCAAGAUCUGACUUACUGCCAGGAGUCAUUAUGUGCUAUAUUAAAAUUCUGACUGCAGGGAACCAUUUAUGUCCAUCUUUAGUAAAAUUAUGUUGACCAACUAUGUGGAUUUAAUGUGCAUGUGGUUACACUAAAGGGUAGUGCUUUUAGCUUAUGCAAGUAUUUAGCUAUGGAUGUAGAAAAUGGGAAUAUAGUCAAUGACUCUAGCUUUCAAGAUCGUUUCAUAAGAACAAAGAUCAAACAAUUGGCAGAUGAGAGAGAGCUUGUACAAAAGAAAACCUUUCAGAAAUGGGUCAACUCUCACCUUAUUCGUGUCAAUCACAAGAUAGCAGAUUUGUAUGUGGAUCUGAGAGAUGGCAAGAUGCUUAUCAAACUUUUGGAAGUGUUGUCUGGAGAAAGACUGCCUCGACCAACAAAAGGCAAGAUGAGAAUCCAUUGUUUAGAAAAUGUGGACAAAGCCUUGACCUUCCUUCAUGAACAACGUGUGCACUUAGAAAACAUGGGUGCCCAUGACAUCGUAGAUGGCAGCUCUCGUUUAACUCUGGGUCUGAUCUGGACCAUCAUCCUAAGAUUCCAAAUCCAAGACAUUACCAUUGAAGAAAUAGACAACAAUGAGACCAAGUCUGCUAAAGAUGCUCUGUUGUUGUGGUGCCAGAUGAAGACUGCAGGGUAUCCCAAUGUCAAUGUUCGAAACUUCACCACCAGCUGGCGUGAUGGUCUAGCUUUCAACGCUCUCAUUCACAAACACAGACCUGACUUGAUUCACUAUGACAAGCUUCAGAAAUCUAAUGCCAUGCACAACCUAAACAAUGCCUUUACAGUGGCAGAGGAGAAACUGGGGCUUACAAGUCUGCUUGAUCCAGAAGAUGUGAAUGUGGAGUUCCCUGAUGAGAAGUCUAUCAUCACAUAUGUGGUCACAUACUACCAUUACUUCUCCAAGAUGAAGGCAGACUCAGUACAAGGGAAACGUAUUGGAAAAGUCAUUGAUAAUGCCAUCAACACAGAGAGCAUGAUUGAACAGUAUGAAAACAUGACCUCUGACCUCUUAGAAUGGAUUGAGCAGACCAUUGUCAUCCUGAAUGACCGUCAAUUUGCCAACUCACUGACAGGAGUCCAGCAACAGCUAACAGCAUUUAGUACAUACCGUAUUGUGGAGAAGCCACCCAAAUUUGAUGAGAAAGGUAACCUUGAGAUACUGCUGUUCACCAUCCAGAGCAAGAUGAGGGCCAACAACCAGAGGCCCUACCUCCCACGAGAGGGAAAACUCCUCUCAGACAUCAACAAGGCGUGGGAGAGGCUAGACAAGGCAGAGCAUGAGAGAGAACUCUCACUGAGAGAAGAGCUUAUCAGACAAGAAAAACUAGAACAACUUGCAGCACGCUUCGGGCGUAAGGCAGGCAUGCGUGAAGAAUGGCUGAGUGAGAACCAGCGACUUGUGGCCCAGGACAAUUUUGGCAAUGACUUGGCCGCAGUGGAAGCAGCCACCAAGAAACACGAGGCUAUUGAGACUGACAUCAAUGCCUACGAGGAAAGGGUUUCUGCUGUUGUGGCUGUGGCUAAUGAGCUGGAACAAGAAAACUAUCAUGACAUUGAUCGCAUCAAUGCUAGAAAGGACAAUGUCUUGCGCCUGUGGAACUAUCUGCUAGAGUUACUUCAAGCUAGACGUAUGCGUCUAGAACUGACUUUGAGCAUGCACAAAGUUUUCAAGGAGAUGUUAUACAUCCUGGACUGGAUGGAAGAAAUCAAGGCACGUCUGAUGUCUGAAGACUAUGGCAAACACCUGAUGGGAGUGGAAGAUUUGCUCCAGAAACACAGUCUGUUGGAAGCUGACAUUGGAGUUGUUGGUGACAGGGUUUCUACUGUCAACUCACAAGCACAGAAGUUUAUUGAUGAUGACUUCUCAGAAAUAGGUGGUUACAGGCCAUGUAAUCCAGAGAUGAUACAAGAAAGAAUGACUAUGCUGGAAAGGGCAUACAACGAGCUUCGUCAGCUAGCCGCUGAUAGACGCAGACGCCUUGAAGAGUCCCGCAAACUUUGGCAGUUCUAUUGGGAUAUGGCAGAUGAAGAAGGCUGGAUCAGAGAAAAAGAACAAAUUAUGUCAUCUCCAGACCUGGGUCAUGAUUUGACCAGUGUGAACCUGUUGUUGAACAAACACAAGGCUAUGGAAGAUGAGAUGACCCAUCGCCACACUCACCUCCAAGAAGUCCAGGCUGCCAGCAAUGAACUAAUUGAAGCUGGUAACUUUGGUGCCGACCAGAUUGAGCAGAGAAACAAUGAAAUAUCUUCACAGUGGGAGAGCCUUAUUGAUCUGGCUACUUACCGCAAGAAGAGACUGAAUGAGGCUGUAGAUUUUUACCAAUUUUUCGCUGAUGCUGAUGAUGUGGACACUUGGUUGAUGGAUACACUUCGUAUUGUAUCAAGCGAGGAUGUUGGCAAAGAUGAAGCCAGUGUACAAUCAUUGCUUAAAAAACACAAGGAAGUUACAGAAGAACUCAAAAGUUACCAAAGUGUCAUUGAAGGUCUCCAUGAACAAGCUGCCAGUCUUGGAGAACAGGAUCGUGAGUCGGCAGAUGUGCAAGCUCGACUUACUUCCAUUGAUAGACGCUACCAAGAACUUCUUGAAUUCUCCAAAUUGCGUAAGCAGAGACUCAUUGAUGCCCUUUCGCUUUACAAACUUUUCAAUGAGUCAGACGGAGUGGAGACAUGGAUUGAUGAAAAGGAAAAAUUCCUAACCACAAUCAUUGUAACAGAUGAUGUUGAGGAGUUGGCUAUCAUGAAACAUCGUUUCGACAGUUUUGAACAUGAGAUGAAUGCCACAGCUUCCAAGGUGGCUGUUGUCAACCAGUUAGCUCGUCAACUUAUGCAGGCUGAACAUCCCAAUGCUGAAGAGGUUGUUCAACGCCAGAACCAACUGAAUUCAACCUGGAACAAUCUGCGUGAAAUGGUUGAUCAGAAGAGAGAUGACAUCAAUGUGGCUCAUGACUUCCAGAACUUCAACAUUGAAUGCAAUGAAACUAUUAGCUGGAUUCAUGAAAAGGCCAAACUGAUAGAGUCCACUGAUGAGCUAAGCAAUGACCUAAGUGGUGUCAUGACUCUACAGAGAAGACUGAGCACCAUGGAGAGAGAUCUGGCUGCCAUACAAGCUAAGUUGGAGUCAUUGCAAAAUGAGGCAGAGAAACUAGAGGAACAGAAACCAGAAGAGGCUCAGGCUAUUAGAGAAAAGAUUGCAGAGAUUACCAAUGUCUGGACAGACUUGAAGGAAAUGCUGAAAGAGCGUGAUGAGAAACUUGGAGAAGCUGGUGAACUGCAACGUUUCUUGGGAAGCCUUGACCAUUUCCAGUCUUGGCUGGCCAGAACUCAGACCACUGUGGCAUCGGAGGACAUCCCCAUCUCUCUAGCUGACGCUGAGAAGCUUUUGAACCAGCACCAGCAGUUGAGAGAUGAGAUAGACACUUAUGCCCCAGAGUACGCCAAAAUCAAAGAAUUUGGAGACAAGGUCACAGAGGGUGAAGAGGAUCCUCAAUACAUGUUCCUUCGUCAGAGGCUUCAAGCCCUAGAUGAUGGUUGGCAUGAACUUCUACAAAUGUGGGAGAACAGGCAGCACUUGUUGUCACAGUCUCUUAACUUACAGAUGUUCUUACGUGAUGCCAAACAAGCUGAAGUAUUACUGAAUCAACAAGAUAACUUCUUAUCUAAGGAGGACGUGCCUAUUGCACCACUAGAUAAGCAGACAUCAGUCCAAGCUGCUGAGAACUUAAUUAAACGUCAUGAAGCUUUCAUCACCACCAUGGAUGCUAAUGAUGAGAAGAUCAAUGCUGUGCUUCAGUUUGCCAACAGGCUGAUUGAUGAGAACCACUAUGACCGGGAGAAGAUUCACAAGAAAGCUGAAGCCAUCAAUGAGAGGAGAGACCAGAAUAGACUUAGGGCUGAUGAGCAAUUAGAAAGACUGAGGGACCAACUGAAUCUUCAACAGUUCUUACAGGAGUGUGAUGAACUUCGAGACUGGCUUCAAGAUAAGAUGGCCGCUGCCCAGGAUGAAACAUACAGAGAUGCAAAGAAUUUGCACAGCAAAUAUGUGCGUCAUCAAGCAUUUGAGUCUGAGAUUGCUGCCAACAAAGAUAGACUUAACAGAGUCAUGGAGGAAGGAGAGGCUAUCAUGCAAAAUAAACCAGAGACUCGAGAACAAAUUGAACCAAUGAUUACAGACUUGAACCACCAAUGGGAGGAGCUUGAAACUACUACUAAAGAAAAAGGUGAACGCCUCUUUGAUGCCAACCGCUCCACACUGUAUCAACAAAGCUGUGAUGAUGUGGAUGGAUGGGUUACAGCUCUUGAAUCUCAAAUUGUUACAUCAGAAGAUUUUGGCAAGGAUCUGACCACGGUCAAUCUCCAUGUACAGAAACAACAACAACUAGAACAACAGAUGAGGAUGAAAGAACAACAAAUUCAGGAACUUGAGCACCAAGGUGAACACUUGCGGAGGUUAGAGCCUGAUAAAGAAGAAGAAAUUGAAGCUCGACGAGCUCUUGUGGCAGAAAGGUUUGCCAAGAUUCAAGGCCCAUUGAUGUUACGCCGUUCCAAUUUGGAGAAGGUGAAACGUAUCCACCAGUUUAUGAGGGACGUUGAGGAUGAAAAAUUGUGGAUUGCAGAAAUGAUGCCUCGAGCCACCAACCAGGAAUAUGGCAACAGCCUCCUGUCUGUACAACUGCUUAUCAAGAAAAAUCAUUCACUCCAAGUGGAAAUUGACAACCAUGAAGCUCGCAUCAUCUCAGUGGUUGAUGUUGGUAAUGAAUUAAUUGAAUCAGGACACUCUCAGUCCGAGGAGUUCAGGUCUUUAAUAGAAGACUUACUCAGACAUUGGCAGGAAUUAAAGGAUGCUGUUGAUGCACGUAACCAGAGGCUUAAACUGUCAGAAAUUGCUCAACAGUACUAUUUUGAUGCCUCUGAAGCUGAAGCCUGGAUGAGUGAGCAAGAGCUGUACAUGAUGGGAGAAGAGAGAGCCAAGGAUGAGAUAGGUGCCCAGAACAUGAUGAAGAAGCACCAGACUCUAGAGAACAACGUGGAGGACUAUGCAGAGAUAGUCAGGCAGCUGGGAGAGAGAAGUCGAGAAUUGAUGGAGGAAGAACAUCCUGAAAGUGACCAGAUAGCAGUGCGUCAGUCCCAGGUGGAUAAACUGUAUGCUGGCCUCAAAGACUUGGCUGGGGAGAGGAGAGGCAAAUUGGAAGAAGUCUUUAAGUUGUACACUCUACAUAGAGAGAUUGAUGACCUGCUGGAAUGGAUUGCAGACAAAUCUGUUGUGGCUGGAUCCAAUGAACCAGGUCAAGACUAUGAACAUGUUUCGCUACUUAAAGAACGUUUCAAAGAGUUUGCCCGUGAUACUGAAAACAUUGGCCAAGAGCGUGUGGCUUCAGCCAAUGAAAUCUGUGAUGCCCUUAUUGCUUCAGAACAUUCAGAUGCUGCCACCAUAGCAGAAUGGAAAGACAAUGUGAAUGAUGCUUGGGCUGAUCUCUUGGAGUUGAUAGACACACGUACAGAUCUCCUGCAGACAUGUUGGGAGCUGCACAAGUUCUUCUAUGACUGUAGAGAUACCUUAGAGAGAAUAGUUGAAAAACAAAACUAUAUUCCUGAAGAACUUGGUCGAGAUGCCCAAAGUGUUGCAGCUUUGCAGAGGAAACAUGCCAACUUUGAAAAUGAUUUAUCCACAUUGGGAACACAAGUUGAAGCAAUUCAAACAGAAUCUGUUAGGUUGCAAGCCCUCUAUGCAGGUGACAAUGCCCAAACAAUCAUUGAUAGGGAAAGGGAAGUAAUUGAUGCCUGGAGGAACUUGCACUUACUGGUGGAAAGGAGGAGGCUGACAUUAGCUGAUGCCUCUGACUACUACAGAUUUAUGCUUAUGGCCAAAGACUUAUUAUUGUGGAUUGAUGACAUCAGCAGACAGAUGAACACACAAGAGAAACCAAGAGAUGUUUCUGGUGUAGAACUUUUGAUGAACAAUCACCAAAGUUUGAAAGCAGAGAUUGAUGCCAGAGAAGAAAACUUUGCAAUAUGUAUUAACUUGGGUAGAGAUCUACUGAACAGACAACACUACAAACAAGAACAGGUUCGUGAGAAGUUGAUCCAACUCACAUUGCAAAGGUUAGAUAUGACAGACUUGUGGAAAGAAAGAUGGGAACAUUUACAACUCAUUUUGGAAGUGUAUCAAUUUGCCAGAGAUGCUGCUGUUGCUGAAGCAUGGCUUAUUGCUCAAGAACCAUAUUUGUAUAACCAGGACUUGGGUGAUACACUUGAUGCUGUAGAAAACUUAUUGAAGAAACAUGAAGCUUUUGAAAAAUCAGCAGCCACACAGGAAGAAAGAUUUGCAGCCCUAGAGAAACCAACCACAUUUGAAAUAAAAGACAGAGAAAAGAAGGAAGCGGAAGAAUAUGGCAGAAGUCAUCCAGAUGAGAUAGCAAGGAGGAAAGAAGAUAGGAGGAGGCAUUACAUUCAAGAGUUCUUACCGCCCCCUCCACCACCCAAACCAGAGCCAGUGAUAGAACCCGAAGUACCUGUCCAGACAGUAGCAGUAAGUCAUACAGCACCUGAGACUUUUGAGGAAACAGCACCAAGUACAGCUGACGAGAGAGUGGAGCCUGAACAAGGGCGUAGGGCUCGCCCAGAUCAAUCUGUGACUAAUGACGCUGGUGCUAGUGGUGACACUGCUCACCUCCGUUCCCAUGCUCGUCAGGAGUCUCCCAGAGAAACGGAGCCAAGACAGCAAAAGGAAUCCUCAAAGAAAGUCUCAAGAGGAAGCAGCAAGAAGGAGAAGGGAAGUCUGAGCCCUGACAUUGUUGAAGGGGAUGGAAAGAAGCGACAACGCUCUCGAUCCCCUUUCGGCAAACUGUUUAGGAAAUCGGAUAAAGGCAACAAAGCAAGCAGUCCUCCGCAAAGCCCAGAAGAGAUCCUUAGCAGAGGAAGUGCUUUCCCAGAAAGCUCACGAGAGUUACCUAGUCCAGAAGCCAGAUCCAAAACACUUGAACCUGCAGCGCCAUCAGAAGAAGUCCAUGAAGAAGGCCAUUUGACCAGGAAACAUGAAUUAGAUACUGGAGAAAAGAAAGCCAGUAAUAGAUCUUGGGAUAAAUUAUUUGUGGUGCUUCAUGGAAGAUCUUUGUCUUGUUAUAAGGACCAGAAACAUGCAAAGACAGAUCCCAAUAAUAGAGUCCAUCAUGAACAAGCAUUAGACUUGACUGGUGCUGUGUGUCAAGUAGCCUCAGAUUAUGUCAAACGACCACAUGUUUUGAGACUUAAGCUGGCAGAUGGUGCAGAAUAUCUCUUCCAGGCAAAAGAUGAAUCUGAAAGGGAGCUAUGGAUUAAUCGACUGAGUGCAGCCAGUGGUAGAGAUGCAGGUGCUGUUAGCUUACCCACAAGGUCACAGACAUUGCCAGCCACACGUUCAGAGAAAGAAGAGCCCAAGAAGCGUGGCUUCUUUACCCUUAAGAAGAAAUAGAAGCUAGAGCUGAACAUUUAGAACUAAUUCAAGCUGAGAAAACAUAGAUUUAGUGGGAAUGAUAAUUGUCAUAUUUUUCUCUCAACGCUUAUUUUAUAUUUGCAUUUCUUGAAAUUAAGACUGUGGUAUGAAUCUGUUCAUCAGUCAUCUCCCAUUGAGACUGUUCAAUUUAUUACUCUGGUACCUUUUUUUUUUUUUGUUUGCUUGUAUUUGUUAAGAUGUUUGCUUGUAAGAGGACGGUUGUGUUUGUCAUGGUGACUGCUUGUGAGAUGAAUGAUAUAUGAUUGUGUGUGUGUCUAUUGGUGUACAAACCUUCUUUAGGUGUGCCUGAGACCUACAUCCAUUCAAGUUAGACUGAGCUUAUUUAUUAUAUACUGUACCCCCCAUGCAGCAUGGUUGUGUUCUAGUGUGUCAAGGAAACCUUUUGGGUUUGACACUGGGAGAUAACUAGUGACAGCUUGGCUGUGAUGAUGGACAGGUUUUUAUAAUUCAUUGCCUGUGCUGCUCUCCUUGAGUUCAAGUAGUUUCUUUAUUCAUCACUAGCAUAUAUUGUUAUUAUUUGAGACAUAGAAGUAAAGACUUUUUUUUUUUUAAACAUAUACAGUUUUUAUAAUGUCUUAGUAAGAAUGAUAUUCCAGAUUGAUGCUAGGUGUAGAAGCUGGACAAGUUUACGCUUGUUAGUUGACUAGGCUGUGGAUUUUUGUUGACCAUUUCCAUGAGAACUUGUGUCUGAUUUCUUACUCAUGAUUAUCUUGCCUCGAUCGGACAUCUCAAUUUUUAAAACUUCACGGAAUUGAUUUGUGGCUAUGGUAAGAGCAGAAAUGAUUUGAACAUUCCCAUGUGAUCACCUCUGUUCUGAGAACUAAAAUGAACCAGCUAGCAAUAACUGUAAAUGAUAAAGAUAUCUAGUUGCCAUCUAGCCACUUCCAAAUAAAUCCAAGUCUAGACAGAAGUACAUCUACCACUGUGAUGUGAGGCGAGGACCAAAUAGUUUGUUCUAUAAUGUGUGUCACAUCAAUGGAUAAUUAGUAUUGUAGUGCACUGACCAUCAUGUAUGUCUGAAUGCUAGCACUAUGCAAGACCUGUUUCAGACAUGUAGCCAUGCACUUUGAUGUGCUCAUCAUUCUGUCAGGUUUUGUUGUUUCAUGGUCUGACUUUCUGUGAAUGGUGGAGUUUAUUUCUUUGUAAUGAAUUUGUUUUUUUGUAUUUAAGUUCCGGGUUGUCUUUCCAGACUGAACAAUGGAAGUGAAUGUACACUUCCCUAAUAAUGGCCUGUAAAGACGGCAAUGUGUUACCCGUACCCCAUGAACUAAGUAUUCUUUGUGCUAGAUGUUUCUGUAUAUCUGUAUCUCUAGUUCUUGGUGUUCCAUGUACAUUGGUAUGACAUUGAGUUAGCUAGGAUAGUUUUAUUUCAUUUCGUUUGAUUAGUUCAUUUCGUUUGAUUUCAAGAACUGAUUACAGAGCCUCGUUUGGUUCUAUCCCAACAGUCCGUCAUUGACCUAGUGCACAUUACUUAACUAAAAGACUUUUUUAUCAUCAAGCAACUUGUAUCACUUUUUAAUCUUUGUUUUAGUCUCAUAGGUUUAUGUAUAUGGUACAUUAUGUCUAUUCCUUCUGACUGUAGUGAUAUCUAUGAUGAUGUUUGUAUAGCUGGCAACAAGGACAUUUUUAAACUGAAGGAUUUUUAUAACUCUUUAUAUAAAUUGAUAAACAGAUGUGUUGUCCCUGGAGUGGAAGUCUUUGUAAAUACAAUUCUAUUUUUAGCUUUGUUGUAUGUCUGUGGCUUUCAUUUGAUAAGUUAACAAAAUACUUGGAUCCAUCAUGUACUUGUCACUUUCAGUGUUUUACUUUUGUGACUUUUCUUUGAUACAAAGUUUGUAUUUAUAUUUAAUUUCAGCUGUUUGCCUCCAUAUUCAUUAGUUGUUGUUUUUUUAACCUCACCACUUGAGUGAUGUACUGAAGAUCAGCUGUAGUUAUGUGAAGAUCUGCUCCAACACAUUGUUUUUGCUGAGUUAGGUUGUGUUUUACUUCAUUCACUCAACAUUUUGUAAUACAGUUUUUUGUUUUUUAAUUGCCAUUGUAUUUUAAAGCAAAUUUUUAAAAAAAAAGGAAUUUGUUUUUUCCUCUGGCAGUGAUAAUGUAGCCAAAAAGAACUUCACAUCAAAGGGACACAUCUUUGUCAAAACUUUGUAGAAUUGAAGCAAGUCUACACAUGAAAAUAGUAUUAAUCCAGAACUAUUAUUUUUUGUUUUGUUAGGUUUCAGCUUUUUUAUUUUUAAAAUACUGGUACUUUAUAUUUUCUUAUUAUCAUUGGACAUUAUGUCAUGUCUGUGAUGAAUAGGUGUAGCCUUUGUAUUGUUAGAUUAGAAGAAAAUGAACAGACAACUUAUACUUUUAUCUUUUGGAUUAUAGUCUUCAAUUUGUAAUCUCUCCUAAUGGUUAGUGACUAGUCCUGUUCCUAUCUGGCUCUAGUAUACAGUUGAUUCCAAUCUUCUCCCCGUGUAUUUCUCUUGGGCGCACACAGGUUUUGUAUUUGCUUCAAUAAAAUACAUUCAUAAAUC